CCUCCUCUUCACAUGUAGAAAGAGGUCCGUCUUCUCCUCCUUGUGUCCAGUGCCCAGUCUGUCUCUCUACCUCCUCCCUCAUGAGUCUGGUAGGUUUAAACUGUCUCUUGGUCUCCUCUGAUGGAGGGACCAUCUCCCUCGCUUCAAUACGAGCCUCAACUCAACCCCUUCAGCGCUCAUCUGAUCUCAGCCAGGCUAAGGUCCUUAUAGAGUAUUUGGAAGGGCUCAAGACUGGACAGAGAGAAUGGCUCACCCUCACAGAUUAUUCCUCUGUCUCUGCUGUCUAUAUCGAAGACCAGUUGGUCUGGGCUAGGCGUGUCUUACCUACAGAAACGGACUCCAAUAAUCCUGUGGCCUGGCCCGCUAAGGCCUAUUCUCUCCUGUGUGGUGGUUUGGGUGUCUCUAGGACUACCGUGCUUGUUGAGUAUUUCUGUGACCAGGAGAGGAGCUAUCUCCAAUUAUCCGAUACAAAGCAAUUGAAUCUAAUUGAGGCCAAAGGGACUUUAUCGCAGCAUACCCAGAUGCUAAAUGAGCUAACAGAUUGGGAGGGCAAGCAGCAUAAUAGAGAUGCCUUGCUAUUUGGUAGCGGUAAUUUGUCUGGACAAAGGGUGAGGAUCUGCAGUGUUCAACAACACUUGUCAUGGAUUACUGGAACUGUUAUGAGCCACAAUUUGCAAACAAGAGAACUAACAGUUGAAGAUGUACACCACAUGGUCCAUACUGUUAAUCCUUAUCUUGUGGAGGUUAUAUUAAUGUCCAUACCUCCCCCAGCACCUCCUCAAGUCCAACAGGUGUCCACUACUGGCACUGCCUGGUAUCCUGAUAAUUUACUGCUCCCAAAUUCAUCCCAGACCCCUCUACAGCACCCUGGGGGCUACUACGGGAACAACCAUGCCCCCCGGGGGCCAGUCACUCACAAUCUCUCCCUCAUGCAGUCGGAGCCGGCUCUUCAUGUCCCACAACAUUUUGACACGCCUCCUCCUCAUCACUUAGGAGGGAGCGUCAGUCACCACCCGUACACCCCCAGCGGCUCUUAUUCUAAUAUUGCUAUGAAUUCUCCUCUUGGUCCUCCUUCUCAACCGCCCACACACUUCUCUAAUUAUCUGGACCCGCUCUAUCGUCACGAGAGAUCAAAGAGUCUCGGAAACCUUAGGCUCUUGUCUCAGACACAGAGAGAUUUAGCUAAUAGACGUAGGAGCCAUGCUGUACCAUUGACUGGUGGAAGAGGACCAAAGAGAACUAGGUUUGCUGAGAAUACUCUAUUGCCUCCAAUACCCCAGCAGGAGGAACCCUGUGAUUUCCCUCCCAACAGAACCCUCUCCCGAAGCAUAUCACAGCCUUCUUUAUUCCUCAAGCCUCAGUCCUCCGUUAAACAGGACAGCAGUGUCAAUGAGACUGAAGAGGAUGACCUUGAUCUCAUACAGUCGAUAAUAUCCCGCGAGACGUCCAUCACAGACUCUCCUCCUCCUUCCAAUAACCUCCAAUCCCAGUUGAUCCGUUCUCACUCCUUGUCGCACAUACCCCACGAGUUGGGAUCCCUUCCCUCCCUCCAUCAUGCUUCAUCGCUCCAUGUCCUCCAUGAGAACUACACCAGCACUCCUGACGUUACCAUGGGGCUCGGGAGUCCUCCUCCUUAUGUUCAUAAUGCUAUUGGUCCUCCUAAUAAGCUCCCAGUGGGUCACCAUCCUGACUAUCAGGACCACAAGCCUAACAUAUUUGAUGGACUCUCCGAGGACGGUCUCCUCUCCGCUCUCAAUAUCCCGUACGUUAACGAGGGGGUGGAGUCGCAGCAUCCUCCGGUACCGGUACAUGUUGCAUCAUCUCCUCGUAUUGUGUCGCCUUGUUCGGAAACUGAGGAGUCUCUGAAGUUGGAUCAAGGAAGUGAAAUCAACAUAGACUGUAUUGUGAACCAGCACAUGGGGGAAGAGGACGAAGCCUCAAAACCCCAACUUACCUUCUCCUCGUCCCUCACUGACAUUCACUCUGAAGUCAACAGACGUGGCUCCGGAGAAAAAACACGAAUCAGUAACCGCGAGGUUGUCAUCCACAUGGGGAGCCAGGGAAAGAGAGGGCGGGGCCGGCCACGCCUUACUGACGAUGAAAAACAACGCAGGAAAGAGUUAAGAGAAAUGGGAUUGAUCAAGAGAAGCAAAAGAAGAACUAAGGAAGAGGUCCUCCAGUGGAAAGCUGAUAAAGUCCGUACUCCUGCUAAAAGAGGCCGCAAGCCUGGGACCGGUAAGAAGAACAUGAUCAAAGGAGUCACUGGGAAGAUCAUCCUCGUCACUGUGGACCUCAGCCGAUAUGAGAAUGGAAGCAUUUUCUUUCAGAAUGGUUUCUGUCAGGCGUAUCACGGUAUAUCACGUUGUAUUGAGUGUUCUAAUGUAUCAGGAGACUAUCCAUCAUCAAGAUACUGCCGGUUCUUAGAGUUUAGGAAGCUAAGAGUGAUCAAUAAAGAUGAAGGUAGUUUGUAUGUUGAAGGUUUUGCUACUUUUAGUGAUGCAAAAGCAGAGGAUCUGGUACCCUGGACUCCACUAAAGACUGGUUAUAGUGGAUUGAACACACACACUGGGUUAUACGUACUAUCAAGGAUUGUCAAGAACUUUAUUGCAAUCAUUGCAGAGGAAGCCAGAACCAUAUCCGACACUGACACUUUCCCUAUAUGGAAGUGUGCUGUGAAAGGUGUGAGGGAGUUAUGUGACACAUGUGACACUACGAUAUUUAAUCUCCACUGGGUCUGUCAGCACUGUGGUUUCUCAAUAUGUCCUGCUUGUUUCCAAGUGGCUUGUAUAUCACACAAUGGUUCUGAGGCUAUGAGCUCAUGGCAGACUCCCUGGCCAUUAUGUACUGUUAAUCAAGUAUCACACACUCCAUAUCAGCUAUUGCUCUCUCAGAUUAUUCCUGGAAAUGUUUUGUCUGAUGUUCUCUGUCAGUUAUUUCAGAUUUGUCGCAGUAACAGUAUCUCUAUAGCAACUCCUCCCCCUGUCUCCAGACUCCUCUCUUUAUUAAGCAAAUUAACAGUCAGCACUCAAGAACAACCCAGGAAACCCUUUAGUGUUGAUGCUAUUAAGACGAUCGGUGAGCCUUCCUCCUCCUCCUCCCCCGCUGCCUCCUCUUCCCUGGACCGUCCUUCAGUACUUGAGCCCAUACUGGAGCUACCUCACUCCUGCAGCAAUGACACUGACGACUUCAGUCUGCCACCUAAAAUUGAUGCUCCACACUUGUGGCUAUGCGAUGGUGACAUACUAUAUCUUCUUGAUGCCACCCACCUUAGCAACAUAACCGCCUUCCAGUGGGCAUGGCACAGGAGUAGGCCAGUGGUGGUAGCAGGUAUUGAUAAGUAUCUUAAUAAAGAGAUAUGGACUCCUAACUCAUUCCUACAGGACUUUGGUGAGGAGCCGGCUGACCUGGUGGACUGUAGGACUGGACUGAUAAUGCCACAAGUGCCUAGUAAAGCGUUUUGGGGCGGAUUUGAUGACAUACACUGCCGUUUGCAAGAUCCUGUUAGUAACUGUCCUCGUUUAUUGAAACUCAAAGACUGGCCGACUGGGGAAGAUUUCUCUGACAAAUUACCACAAAGGUUUCAUGAUUUGGUACAAGCACUGCCAUUGCCUGAUUAUACAAGGAGGGAUGGUAAACUGAACCUCACCUCAAGUCUUCCUGACUUCUUUGUCAAACCUGACCUCGGACCAAAGAUGUACAAUGCUUAUGGAACAAGUACAUUGGCCGGUUGUGGUACCACUAAUCUUCACCUUGAUGUCUCUGAUGCUGUUAAUGUGAUGGUCUAUUGUACUGAUACUGACAAACCCAAUGAGAAAGAUGAACUAUAUGAAACUGUUGAGAGGGAGACAUGCCAGGCAACUGUUGGCUUUCUUAAACAAUCAAAAGAAAUUGGAGCUUUGUGGCACAUAUAUCCGCCAUCAGACAGCGAUAAAAUAAGACAGUUCUUGAGGAAAGUAAUGGAAAGAAGAGGAAUGUCAUCAUCUAAACCUGGCUCCGAUCCUAUCCAUGAUCAGCUGAUAUAUAUGGAUGCUGAGAUUAGACAGAAGCUUUGGGAAGAGGAAGGAGUGAAAGGUUGGACUAUAGCUCAAUGCAAAGGAGAUGCCAUCUUUAUACCAGCAGGAGCCCCACAUCAAGUUCAAAAUCAUUGUAGUUGUAUCAAAAUUGCUGAAGAUUUUGUAUCUCCAGAACAUGUCAACCAGUGUGUACUCUUGACGGAAGAGUUUCGUCAGCUCUCAAGUUACCAUAGCAAUCAUGAGGAUAAAUUACAGAUUAAAAAUAUAUUAUAUCAUUCUGUGAAGGAUAUCGUUGGUCUGUUGAAAAAUUCUUAAAUCUUUACAAAAUGUAAGACUUAAAGACGAGAUGAAAUUUAUGUAGACUUUUUCUUACUUCCUUUUAUUGUCUCCUCUCUCUCUCUCUGAAGCCUUUUGAAAUGAACUUUGUAAAUAUUUUUGUGAUUACAGAACAAUUAAAUGUAAUGGUAAUGAUGAUUGACAAUAGUUAUAUUGUGGGCUCACAACCGUGGUCUAAACUAUCUACUAUCUAACAGUAUGAAAAGACAACAUCAGAACUUAUAUUCAUCUUCACAUAUCCACAUUUUAUGAAAACAUUUUGGGAUUUUGUUUUGUCAGCUCUUAUGUAUGUUACUGGGCUGAUUUCUUUA